UGUAAAAAUCACUUUUUAAUUCGGGCCUCUGCAGCUCUAGAAAAAUUGAAACUCUUGUGUGGAGAAGAAAAAAAGUGUUCAAAUCCAUCGAAUCUACUAGAACUUUACACACAGGCUAUUUUGGACAUGACAUAUUUUGAGGAGAACAAGCUAGUAGAUGAAGAUUUCCCUGAAGACUCUUCCCAGAAAGUGAAAGAGUUGAUCACUUUUCUUUCAGAACCAGAAAUUUUAGUUAAAGAAAAUAAUAUGUACCCAAAACACUGCGAUUUACUUGGGGACGAACUCUUGGAAUGUCUCUCUUGGCGACGAGGAGCCCUACUUUAUAUGUAUUGUCAUUCUCUGACCAAAAGGAGAGAGUGGCUCACGAGGAAGUCUGGUUUGCUUAAAGAGGAAUAUUCAGUGACAUUCACUUGCUGGCUAUGAUGUACAGUGGAGAAAUGUGUUACUGGGGAUUGAAACAUUGUGCCGAUCAGCAGCCAGAAAACCAGGGCGUGGACGCAGGUGUUUCUGG